UCAAUAUUUAGGUAAAUGGUGCAACUGGCCCUAAGGGUCUCUUUGUACUCAGAAAGGACGUUUCCCGAUAGGAGAAUUUGAUUGAACACUCGUAACAAGAGGGGCUUUUUUGACGGAUAUAAAAUUUUACAAAGUUGAAUCCAAACGAUAUCCGAACGCAGUAAUAGUAUCGAUAUCGACGAUAUUUAUCGAACGUUUUCUGAAAAAAUAUCGAUAUUUCGAUAUUUUUUGCCCAUCCCUAAUUGUUACCAAUGUUACCAUGUCUAUGGUCCAUGUUAAGAAUUUAUUCAUCAUAGACAUGAAUUUAUUGUAACCUUCAAAUAAAAUUAAAUAGUUUUAUUUUGUUUAUCGUUCUAAGACGACAUUCUUGCAUAUAUAUCCUCUUCUCCUAUUUCUACAUUGAACCUUUUUUAUUUUCAUCUGAGAUUUUUGGUGAGAAUGGAUUCAGAAUCUACUAUCAACGCAGCAGAUUUACUUCUUCGCCAAGUUGCUGAAGUUAAAAUAACGUCAUCUUCCUCGACAGCUAAAAAAAAUCCUGCUGUAAAAGAAGAGCUUCAGUUCAUAAAUCUUGAUGAAAUAUCCCAAGAGAAAAUUUUGGAUACCUUACAUUUCAUUUAUGGUCAAGAAUUCAAGUUGAAAGAUGCUUCUGCAUAUCAGGAUGAACACUCAAAUUUAACUAAAAAGUUUUGGGUAGGACAAGGAACCUUGGUAGUUAAAGGAGGGUGUGAUUUUUCUAAAUCAAUUGAUACCGAUAUCGAUGAAAUAGACAGACUGAAGAAAUUUGCCUUAGUAAGGCUUGAGAGCUAUGGAUUCCACAUAAAUCAUUGUAAAGAAGCUCUAGACUAUUGUGCAGGAAAUAUAGAAGAUUGUUUAUAUUUAUUAUACUGCAAGUACUUCAAUCAACAGUAUCCAUUUGUGAAUUAUAAUUCAAAUUGCACUGAAGCUGAAAUUUUAGAGCAACGAGCAGAUGAAAAAAGUUCUCUAGAAUCUAUCUAUGAAAAAUCAUUCCAGGAAAAAGUUAAGGAUUCUGUCUGGAUCUUGGAACUAAGAUUAGAUUAUUUAAUUAAUAUAUUUCGACAAAAAAAGCAGGAAUCUCAGAAAAAUAUUCAACAGUUAACAAUAAAAAAAAAAGAAAAAUGUAAAUUAUUUUUAAGAGGACACUGCAAGUAUGCUGAUAAGUGUAGAUUUUCACAUGAAGUUGAAAAAGUUAAAGAAAUUGAGAAUGAGAUCAUUUUUGAACUAGAGAUAAGAUUUCCAAAAAAUAGUAAAUAUCCAUUUGAGCCGCCUUUAAUUUUUCUGAAGAAAAAUGAUAUUCUUCCACAAUUAGUAAAACUGCAAAUUUCUAAGAGACUAUUUGAAGAAGCUGACUUCUAUGCUAAAAAUGGUAUUCCCUCUAUUUAUACUAUCAUCGAACUCCUACAAAAUUCAGAGGAGAUCAUAAAAUAUAUCAAGAAAGAUUUAAGUUUUCUGAGUCCAAAGAUGAAAUUAUUUGAUGAACUCAAAGUAACUAAAUCAUUGAAACAUAAAAACUCUCACUAUAGAAAAGGUAUGACAAAUAGGGACAACAAAAGAAAUAUCAGUGAAGAAGAAAUAUUUUGUGAAAAUACCAACCUUGUUGAGAGAUUCAAAGCUAAAAUGGACACAGAAGAUUACAGAAAGAUGUUAAUUUCUAGACAGAAAUUACCUGUUUGGAAUUACAUGAAGGACAUUUUGAAUACAAUAGAAAAAUCCCAGGUAACAAUUAUAAGUGGUGAAACAGGCUGUGGAAAAAGUACCCAAAUACCUCAAUUCAUUUUUGAUGACUGGAUUAUGAAAUACAAGUCAGAAUCUACACAAAAAAUCAAUAUUAUCUGUACGCAACCUAGGAGAAUAUCAGCUAUAGGAGUAGCUGAGAGAGUGGCAGAAGAAAGGCUAGAAAAGGUUGGUACCACUGUCGGUUAUCAGAUCAGGUUAGAUAGCAAAAUGUCUUCAUGUACCAGAUUGACGUUUUGUACCACUGGUAUUUUACUGAGGAGAUUGGAGAGUGAAGUUUUUGUACCAGAUGUCACUCAUAUUCUAUUGGACGAAGUACAUGAGAGAAGUGAAGAAAGCGAUUUUCUUCUGAUGAUCCUAAGAGAUAUGCUGCCUUCAAGACCCGACCUGAAAGUCAUUCUAAUGAGUGCAACAUUGAACGCCAAUCUUUUUGCUUCUUAUUUCGGAAAUGUUCCUAUCAUCACAGUACCUGGUAGAACAUUUCCUGUUGAACAAUUCUUUUUGGAAGAUAUUUUCGAACAUUGCCAUUAUGUUCUGGAAGAAGGUUCGGAAUAUUCGAGGAAAAUAUCGAAGGAUGAUGACUAUAUAGAGAGUCAGUUGCAGUCUGGAGAAAUUAUGUUCAAGUCGGAAAAACCCAGAAAUAACUUGAGAGAUGAUGCCCUUAAUUUCAGACAGAUUUGUACUAGAUAUGACGGUUAUUCAAAGCUUACCUGCAAGAAUUUAUUUCUGAUGGACACUGAAAAAAUUAACAAUGAUCUUAUCGAGUACUUACUUAGUUGGAUCGUAUUUGGAGAACAUGAUUUUCCAAAAGUGGGAACAAUAUUAAUUUUCUUGCCGGGUAUUGCUGAAAUCACCAGUCUUCACGAUCAGCUCAAAGAUCAUCCAGAUUUCGGAUUGCAGACGAAGAAGUUCCUAUUAUUGCCACUGCAUUCAUCGUUAACUAGUGAAGAACAAGCAGCCAUAUUCAUUAAACCUAAAACUGGGGUUCGCAAAAUCGUUAUUUCCACAAACCUUGCGGAAACGUCAAUCACCAUAGAUGACUGCGUUUUUGUAGUCGAUUCAGGCAAGAUGAAAGAGAAACACUUCGACCCCAACAGAAACAUGGAGAGUUUACAGACCACUUGGGUUACCAGGGCAAAUGCCCUUCAACGAAAAGGAAGGGCGGGCAGGGUGAUGUCGGGUGUAUGCUUUCACCUAUAUACUGGAUACAGAUUCAGGCAUCAUUUCUUGGGACAACCCGUACCCGAGAUACACAGGGUGCCUUUGGAACAACUCAUUUUGAACAUUAAGUUAUUACAACUAUUUGAGGGGAAGGAUGUCAAAGAAAUAUUAGAAACGUUCAUUGAACCGCCUUCAAAAGAUAACGUGAAUGCAUCAAUUACGAGAUUGCAAUGUGUUGGUGCUCUAGAUGAAAACAUUGAAUUGACUGCACUUGGGCAACAUUUAGCCACUUUACCAGUAGAUGUAAGGAUAGGCAAACUGUUACUUUAUGGUGCCAUUUUUUCUUGUGUAGAUGCCGCACUUACUAUGGCUGCCUGCUUGAGCUUCAAGACUCCAUUUUUGAGUCCAUUCAAUAAAAGGGACCAGGCAAAUGCAAAGAAAAUGGUUUUCGCUACUGGUUUUAGCGACCAAAUCACGGUAUAUAACGCGUAUAAGAAAUGGCUGCAAGUAUACAAGAGAAGUUCCAUAGGAGGGAGAAACUAUGCAAAUGAAAAUUACUUAUCUUUUAGAACAUUAUUAACAAUAGCAGAUAUAAAAUAUCAGUUUCUUGAGUUACUCGUAGAUAUUGGUUUUGUGAGUGUUGUUUUGAAAAGGAGAAAAAGAAUGGGUGAUGAUGAUGUUGCUCAAAUUACUGGAUCGGAAUUCAAUAGAAAUGAUGGAAAUUGUAGACUUCUGUCGUCUAUCAUCUGUGCAGCUUUAUAUCCUAACGUAGUGAAAGUGUUAACACCUCCAAAAUCCUACAUAAUGAGUGCAGCAGGUGCGAUACCUAAAGAAAUGCAAGCAAAAGAUCUCCAAUUUGCAACUGUUCAAGAGAAGGUUUUCAUGCAUCCCAGCUCAAUUAACUAUAAGUUGGCCAAUUUUCCAAGUCCUUAUCUAGUGUAUCAAGAAAAAGUUAGAACCAGCAAAGUAUUUUUUAGAGAUUGUUCUCUUAUUCCAUUGAUGUCAUUGAUUCUUUUCACCGGAUUUGAUUUGGAUAUUCAAAUUCAUAACGGUUCAACAUUCAUUUCCCUGGAAAAUGGCUGGAUACUAUUGCAAGUCGAAAAACAUCAGGUUGCCGAGAUGAUAAAGUUGAUCAGAUUUGAAUUUCUUGAAAUUCUUGAAGAGAAAAUAAGGGAUCCUUUGUUGAACUUACAACACAACGAAAAAAGCAACAGGAUCAUUUCAACAAUUCUUCAUUUGAUUUCAAUAUAAAUUACAUAAAAAAAAUCAGAUAUUAUGAAAAAAAAUUGUUGAUUUUGUACAGUAUGAAUUCGUUGCAAGUAAAAUAUAUUGAUAUUUUCUCCAAAAAAA